AUGGUUCCAACUCUCUGUGCCACAGAACCAGAGAUGUUACAAUUGUUUUCUGGACAGCAACUACCACUGACGUUUCGCAUCAGGGCAUACCGGUUUGUUAGAGCAAUAGUAUAUGCUGUAAAUGAAAUCAACCAGAGCUUUCAAAUUCUGCCAAACAUCACACUUGGAUUCAACAUUUAUGACAGCUGUUUUCUGGAAAUUAGAGCAGCAGACAGCACUCUGCAAUUGUUGUCAGGGAGAAAGCAGCCAGUUCCUAACUACAUCUGUCAGUCAAAACCUGUCCUACCUGCAAUCGUUGGAGAUGAAGCUGCUGAAGCAACAAUACAAAUGGCAAGAUUGUUAGGCAUAUAUCACUUUCCACAGGUUAGCUAUGGCUUUUCAUACUAUCUCAUGAGUGACAAACUCCAGUUUCCAUCUUUUUUAAGAAUGGUUCCCAGUGAUAACAUUCAGGCUUUUGGUCUGUCAAGGCUGUUGAAAUAUUUUGGUUGGACAUGGGUUGGUAUAAUUGGAACAGACAAUUUCCAUUACCAGGCAGGUUCGACUACCCUGAGAAAUGAAAUCCUCAAAACUGGAGGAUGCAUUGACUUUUUUGAAAGGAUUCCUAUGAAUAACUAUGAGUCAAGACUUCUAGAAGUUCUAGAAAUAAUCAAGAAAUCAUCUGUAAAGGUGAUUGCAGUUUAUACAAGAGCUGUGCAUGCCAUCAGCUUAAUGGAUGAGGUUGCUAGGCAAAAUGUUACCGGAAAGGUUUGGAUUGGUGCGACAAGUUGGUCAAUAUCACCAGAUCUGCCCACACGAAUCAAGGAAACGUUGAAUGGUACCGUAGGAUUUGCAUUGCACAGAGGAGACAUCCCAGGAUUUAAAGAAUUUCUCUAUAACUUACAUCCUUCAACAUCUCCAGAUGACAUUUAUAUUAAAACAUUUUGGGAAGAAGCUUUUGGAUGCAAAUGGAUGCAGUCUGCUAAUGACAGCUUAAUAACCAAGGAAAACAACAUAGCCAUACCAUGUACUGGUGAGGAAAAAUUAACAGAACUGGAUCCUUAUUUAUUUGAUGUAAUCAAUUUCCGAUUUACUUACUGUACUUAUAAUGCAGUUUAUGCAGUGGCCCAUGCAUUGCAUAAUAUGUUUUCAUGCAAACAAGAAGGUACACUACCAAAUGGACAAUGUGUAGAUAAAGCAAAUUAUAAAUCUUGGAUGUUACUUCAUUACUUAAGGAAAGUGCGAUUUCAAAAUACAGGUGGAGAGGAAAUAUAUUUUGAUGAAAAUGGUGAUCCGCGAUCAUUGUAUGAUAUCCUGAACUGGCAGAUGUUUCCUGACGGCAGAAGCCAAUCUGUCCAGGUUGGCAGUUUUGAUUACAGUGCUUCAGAAGGUCAGCAGAUCAAAAUGAAUGAAAGUUCAAUCAUCUGGACUGCAGCAUUCACAAAGACUCCUGUGUCGGUUUGCAGUAACAGCUGCCUUCCUGGAUUCUGGAAAGCUGCUAGGAGAGGACAGCCGAUUUGCUGUUUUGAUUGCUUGCCUUGUUCUAAGGGUGAAUUUAGCAAUGAAACUGAUACUAUGGAAUGCCUAAAAUGUCCAGAAGAUCAUUGGCCAGACAGCAAACGGGAAAAAUGCAUUCCUAAAGUGAUUGAGUUCCUAGCAUUUGAGGACUCUCUGGGGACAACAUUGGCAGCUAUCCCAAUAUUCUUUGCUAUAGUUACUGCUGCUGUUUUGUGCACCUUCAUUAUGAAACAAGACACGCCGAUAGUUAAAGCCAAUAAUCGUGAACUUAGCUACCUUCUUCUGAUUGCACUUAUUUUUUGUUUCCUGUGCUCCUUAAUAUUUAUUGGCAAACCAACAAAGAUUAACUGUAUGCUUCGACAGCCUGCAUUUGGAAUAAUAUUUUCCCUUUGUGUGUCUUCCAUAUUGGGGAAAACCAUUACAGUGGUUAUUGCUUUUAAUGCCACAAAUCCCAACAGUAACUUAAGGAAGUGGAUUGGUGCUAAGACACCUGUGUUUAUUAUCCUUGGUAGUUUACUGGUUCAAGUUAUCAUAUGCAUUUGUUGGUUAUCAACUUUCCCGUCAUUUCCACAAAAUAACAUGAAUUCCCAAGAGAGCAAAAUAAUAAUAGAGUGUAAUGAAGGGUCUAUUAUUUCAUUCUAUACCAUGUUGGGAUAUUUAGGUACCCUGGCAGCUGUAAGUCUGGUUGUUGCGUUUUUUGCUAGAAAACUACCAGACUCAUUUAAUGAAGCAAAGUUUAUCACUUUCAGCAUGCUUGUAUUUGGCAGUGUUUGGUUAACUUUUAUACCAGCCUAUAUGAGCACUCAGGGAAAAUAUAUGGUCGCUGUGGAAGUUUUUGCUAUUGUGUCAUCUAGUGCAGGAAUUCUUGGAUGUAUAUUUAUACCAAAAUGUUACAUUGUUAUUUUAAGGCCAGAGAUGAACACUAGGGAACAUUUAAUAGGGAAAGGAAUUCAGAGAAACAAAACAUGA